UCUAUCAAAUCUCCAAGUAGAUUCUUAUAAACACAUGGAUAUAAAUUCAAAGUUCUUUUCAAAAAAUAUAGCAACUCCAAUGGAGCCAGACAUGAGUUUCUUGAUUGGUACUUUCUCUGGACCUCUUAAGUUAGGCUCUAUUUUCUUCCCAUCAGUUGUCACUAUUUUCCUUUUACUUCUUUCUGAUACCAGCAUCAUCAUAUCAGCUCAUAGUGAAAUAAGUAUUGGGUCGAUUAUUAAUGUUAAGACUCGUGUUGGCAAAGAAAUUGUGGUAGCCAUGAAAGUAGCCGCUCAUAACUUCAAUAACAGCUCAAUGCAUCAAACAUUGUACCUCCAUUUUCGGGACUCUAGUGGUAAUCCCCUCCAAGCAGCUUAUACUGCGGAAGAACUUUUAAAAGAGAAUGUUCAAGCAAUUAUUGGCAUGGAAACAUGGGAGCAGGCAGCUUUAGUUGCUGAUGUUGCAAAUAAAGCUGAAGUGCCGGUAGUUUCAUUUUCAUCAGCAGCCAUUAAGAAACCCUUUGCAUCGCUGCUCUGGCCUUUCUUGUUACAGAUGAACACAAAUAUCAAUGAGCAGAUCAGAUGCAUUGCAGCGAUUGUUCACUCCUUCAACUGGCACAGGGUCAUUCCAAUCUACGAAGCUGAUGUGUAUGGUGGCGAUUCAGGAAUAUAUGCUGCACUAACAGAGGCACUUCAAAGAUUUGGUGUAGAUAUUGAAUACCAUUUGGUCCUUCCUCCGUCCUCUUUGCUGUCUGAUGAAAGCAAAUUUAUCCAAGAAGAGGUAGCAAAGUUACUAAGCAAACAGUCCAGGGUAUUUAUUGUUCUCCAGGCAUCAGUAUCAAUGGCGAUUGGUUUGUUUAAAGAAGCAAAAGAAGUGGGACUGGUAGGGAAAGAUUCAGUAUGGAUAAUGACUGAAGGCAUCACAAGUCUCCUUGAUUCUUUUGAUACAUCUGUCAUCUCUUCCAUGGAAGGUGCUCUGGGUAUUAAGACGUACAUUUCUGAAGACAAUAGUCCUUUUGUGCAAUUUAGGCACCAAUUUAGAAAAUUAUUCAGAUCAGAGUACCCCGAGGAAGACUACUCUGAUGUGGGAAUAUAUGCCCUGCGGGCACAUGAUAGCAUUGUUUUCCUUACAAGGGCAAUAAACAGAUUAAGAAGCAGCAAUAACACAUCAAAGGCACUGCUUGAAACCAUUUUAAAAAGUAAAUUCAGUGGUUUAAGUGGUGAUUUCCAUUUUAACAGUGGAGAGUUGUCACAAGAUUCCGUGUUUAGAAUUGUAAAUGUUGUUGGUAGAAGGUACAAAGAGCUAGGGUUUUGGUCAAAAAAGUUUGGUUUCUCAAGCAGCCUUGUUCACAAAGAAAGUACUGAUAAAUCUAUUGGUAGCAGCAUGGAAGUUUUGGCUAAUUUAAUAUAUUGGCCUGGGAAUCUGAAGAGAACUCCCAAAGGAUGGUGCAUGCCUACCGAGGCAAAGCCAAUGAAAUUUGCUGUUCCAGGAGAAACUUCAUUUAAGAAGUUUGUGAAAGUCCAGUGGAGUGAAAGUUCAAAGGAGAUAAACUAUUCUGGUUUCUGCAUUGAUGUUUUCUUCGAGGUGCUAAAGAUUUUGGAAGAAAGUUAUUCACCACCUUAUGAAUUUGUACCUUACAAUGGCACAUAUGAUAAUCUGGUUGAUCAUGUUGCUGACAAGACAUUUGACGCUGUCAUAGGUGAUGUGACGAUACUAGCAAAUCGAUCAAAAUAUGUAGAAUUCACACAACCGUUUGCAGAGUCAGGGUUGACUAUGAUAGUACCAGUGAAGCCUCAAGCGGACAAGGCGUGGAUGUUUUUGAAGCCUUUCAGCAAGGGCAUGUGGGGAAUGACAGCGGCUAUAUUAGUUUACACUGUUCUGAUAGUCUGGUUGUUAGAGCGUCGAUCAAAUCCAGAAUUUGAUGGCCCGUGGCAUUAUCAGCUCAGCACGGCCCUGUGGUUCACCUCAUCCUCGCUUUUCUUUGCUCAAAGGGAACAGAUCUACAAUAAUCAUGCCCGUGUUGCAGUCUCGGUGUGGCUUUUUGUUGUUUUAGCGUUGUCCUCGAGUUACACUGCAACUUUAUCAUCAAUGCUUACUGCCCCAAGGCUUGAGGCGAACGUCACAGAUAUUGGUUGGCUAAAGAAGAACAAUGCUAUAGUCGGCUGUGAUGGCUCUUCUUUUGUUAAAAGAUACCUGGAAAAUGUGCUUGGUUUCAAUCCAGUGAAUAUUAGGAAUAUAUCCAGCGAAUACAACUACCCUGAAGAAUUUGAGAGUGGGAGAAUCACUGCAGCUUUUCUUGAAGUCCCUUAUGAAAAGGCUUUUCUCAACCACCAUUGCCAAGGAUACACAGUUGCUGGAAGCUCUGGCCGAUAUGGAGGGGACCGAUUUGGAGGACUUGGCUUUGUUUUCCAGAAAGGCUCUCCGAUUGCAGCUGACGCCUCCCAGGCCAUCCUGACAUUGUUGGAGAAUGGUAGGCUUAAACAGCUAGAAAUCGAGUGGUUCGCUCCCACCUCCGAUUGUUUGACCACACAAUCUCAUGAAAAAACUGAGAGCUUGACUUGGCACAGUUUCUGGGGCCUUUAUCUGCUUUCAGUGGGCACUUCCAGCCUCUGUUAUUUGGUAUUUGUUUCACAUCAGUUAUAUGAACACCUCCAUGAGGCAUAUAGAAACUUACGGACCAAGAUUGUUAAUAUGACAUUGCUUUUUAUGAUAGCCCUCGAGAAAACAUUAAGCUUACAAAAUCCAUGGGUUUAAUACUUGAAUGCCCUCUGGAUUGUGGAUUGCAAGCGGUGUUCACCAAUCUGCCCUGGUGUAAAAAGGUUUAUGAUGGCCAUUUCUGGGUAUAGAUUGGCAUCAACAUGUCUGUAGAUUAUAUCUAUGUGAAUAUUAAUAUAUAUUGUACGCUUGUAAAUAUUGCUACUCUGUUGUACAGAUUAAUUCACAGUUAUAAUUUUAUCUAUCAAGUAUAUCAUUAUUUUACCU